AUGGGUGAGCUCAGCCUUACUUCAAGCCUCGCCGCCAACCCUCCCCCUUCAUCUUUAUAUUGUUCCUGUUUCGGCCACUCUCCGCCUAUGCAGAGCUCAUCUUCUUCGUAUAUGCGCUUCAAGCUUUUCCGUGUUCGGUGGAGGAGAUUACGACAGAAACAACGACAAACCAUGAAUUCCACUGGCAGUGAGAAUGAAAAUUGCUCUCAGCACAGCAAUAGCGACUGUGACAAGGCUGCUGCGCUUGACAUUAUCAAAGCGCACGACUCUGAGAUCGAUCGACGGCGUCCGAGAAAAGGAGAUGGGGACCGGGCUAGAGGCGUUAUUUAUGGCUUGCCCCUGAACUCCAAUACUCUCGGCUCUGUAACAAAUGCAACCGACUAUGAAGAACUGCGGGCAAAGGUCGUUUCUCGGGAAGAUGAGCUGUCGUUUGAUGCUCGGUUUCGUUCCCGAGCGAGUCACAUAGAGCGCCAUGUUGACAAGAUUAUUCAAAAGGUGCGAGAAGAAGAUGAGCAUCUUUUCUCUGCGCAGGAGCCUCGAAAAGGACAUCACGGCCAGCAGCACCCGCGGUUUGCAGGCGAUCAUUUCUUAUCCAAUGUUGAUUUGAUUGGCAAGACAGGCUUAUUCAAAAUAGCUUCCAUGUUGCCCAAGGGCGCUCAUUUGCAUAACCACUUCAAUGCAUGCCUACCGCCACACGUGCUACUUGACAUUGCAAAAGGCAUGGAUCGCAUGUUUAUAAUGAGUAACCUCCCCCUUAUCUGCAAAGAAGAGGGUGAAAAUAAGUUUGAGAACUUUGACAUGUGCGAGAUACAGUUCUCCAUCAAGAGACCCGAUCAAGAGGACCCUGGCGACCUAUUCUCUUCUUGUUACCAAGCCUGGAAAACAAUGAGAUUCGCAGAGUUUUUGAAUCGCUUUUCGACCUAUUAUACUAGAGCAGAUGUUGGUACGGAUGAUACAACUAAAGCCCAUAAGUGGCUGCUACAUAAGCUCACUUUUCAUGAGCAAGAGGCUUAUGGUCCUUUACAGACAGCAUCUGGUGCCUGGGAAAAAUUUAACGGGAGAACACGGAUGAUGAAAGGCCUCUUCAACUAUGUGACUGCAUAUCGAUCCUAUACCCGCCGAUGCCUCGAAGACUUUGCCCGAGAUAACAUUCAGUAUGCCGAGAUACGGCCGACAAUGAUGAAGAGCAAUUACAUUACCAGCGAUGAUGGCAUUGAGACGAUUGAUAACGAAGGCAUCAUGCAGAUCAUCAUUGAAGAAGUAGAGUUUUUCAUUAAAGCUAAAUCUCAAGAAAACAAAUUCUUUGGGGGUCUCAAAGUUAUCUACUGCACACCAAGGUCGUUCUCGCCCGAAAAGGUCAAAGAGGGCCUUGAUGAGUGCAUAAGGUUCAAGAAGAUGUGGCCAAAAUGGAUUGCAGGGUAUGAUCUCGUUGGAGAAGAAGCUAAAGGGUCCCCAAUCAAGGAUUUUAUUCCCCAGCUACUUGAGUUCAGAAAGACAUGUGCCAAAGAAAAACUCGACAUUCCUUUCCUCUUCCACUGCGGUGAGACGCUGGAUUUAGGCGACAAGACGGAUGGAAAUUUAGUCGACGCUCUUUUACUAGGGUCAAAGCGAAUAGGGCACGGAUUUGCGCUGGCAAACCAUCCAUACAUCAUGCAGCAGAUGAAAGCAAAGGGCAUAUGCCUCGAGCUGUGCCCUAUUUCGAAUGAGAUACUGGGGCUUACACCAAGGGUUAAUGGACAUACAAUGUACCAGCUGUUAGCGAAUAAUGUACACUGUACCGUUAAUUCUGAUAACGGAGCACUAUUUAGAUCUACUUUAUCGCAUGACUUUUACCAAGUCAUGGUCGGUAAGAAAAGUAUGGGGCUAUAUGGAUGGAAGCAACUUGUCAUGUGGAGCCUCGAACACGCAUGCCUGGAUGAUGAAGAGAGAGAGGUAAUACUGAAGCAGUGGAAGAUGCUGUGGAGCGACUUCCUGAUGAAUGUUAUCGCUUGGGACAAGCAGAGAGGAGGGGAAACGACUAAUACCGUGGAAGAGAAACCCAAGAUGUGA